AUGUCAGAACCAUCCGGCGUAUCUGCCGAAGGUCUCAAGGUCAAAAUCACAGAUUUACUAAAUGCAAGCUAUGUUGAGAUCGAAGACAUGUCAGGUGGUUGCGGCCAGGCGUUUUCCGCAGUGAUUGUUUCGCCACAAUUCGAGAAGAAGACUACUUUGGCAAGGCAUAGACUGGUAAAUGGAGCUUUGAAGACGGAGAUUGCGGCCAUUCAUGCCUGGACUCCGAAGUGCUACACGCCAGAACAAUGGCAGAAGCAGAAGGAGGAUGGUAAGGAAGCGGUUGCGCCAGGAAAGAAUACUACUGGCGAGGUUGUCGAUGGGACAAGUGCCUGA